AAUCUGCUCCCAGCUCGGGAGCUCAGUGGCGAGCCUAGCGUGGCCCAGUCAAAGCCAACUGUGUCUAACGGUGCGGGCGUGCGAAAAAGUAGGCGCUGCGUUUCGCGUAGGUCAGUGCGGGUUGUUAAAGGAGUUCAAGAGGGAAACUACUGUUUGCAUUGAAGUAAAAAAAAAACGAGGUGCCAAGGGAGUAGUGCGUGACAGCUGCUUUUCAUCAUUAGCAGAAGAAGAAGCGUAUUUAUGGGUCCUCGAGGGAUCUAGUUUACGAUGUUUUCGAGGAUGUGAUUAGGCAGCAAGUGCAAGUGUCAACAGAAACACGGAAGGCAGAGAUUUUGAAGAAUACAGCAGUGGCAUCAAGGCGGAAUCGAGCAAGUGGGUGGAAACGUUUACAGUGUGUUUGUGUUCGGUGGCGGAGGAAGGGAUGUGUGUGAACAGUGAAGGAGAAACAUCCGGUCGGGAAGAUUGAAAUCGAUACUCAGGUGGAUGAUUGGAGCUGAAAACCGCGAUUUUCAAAGGUGUUGCACUGCGGAUCGCGUGAGUGUGUUUGCUCUGCAGACUCCCUUCUGGUGAAAGCGAAAAAGAAAGCGAAAAAUGUUGCAUCCGGAGUAUCUACUACCUGAUUGCGGAAGACUCAGAUUCACCGUUGUCGACAAACAUCAGCUUUCCGCUCGGUUUCCACUUCGAAUCGAACCUUACACAAUGGACUAGAAGAAGCACGACGAGGAACUGCGGAAGACAACGAACAGCUAGACGAAGCAACUGCGUCGAAGAGCGAGGAACUCCCUCUGAUGGCUGUAUCUUUUGCGCAGAAUAAUCGGUUCUGAAGACCUUACGACAAUUUAACGAAAUACUCUUCCGAAUUUGCUCCCAGAUAGUUAUUAUUUUAUACGAUUAGAGUAUAUAUCAGCGUUACGAAUCGAACAACUAAAUACUCAAAACCAAAAGAUGAGAAUCUCCGGAAGCUACAGUAUUCAACAUCAAGAAUCUUCCAUCAGCCUCCGGCUACAACACAUACUCUACCCGCUGAUGCUCCUAAGCGCCUACGUAGACUACGUAGGACAGGUAGUGGCCACGGCUGCUGCAUCCCCGGACGGGCCUCAGCAGAUCGGAAUAAGUUUUGCUCCACGAUCGGAGCAGGACCGGAAAGACGGGCUUACAAUGCAACAUUUUGGAAUCACAUCGUCACCCAUGUACGGUGGCCCCAACCCGUCGACGGCCGGCGGAACUAGUGGCUUCCCGCAGCUGUUGCAACUACCACCGGCGGACAAUAAGCCCUACUUUGAUGACGUCAAUCCGCGGAAUGUCACCACGGUGGUGGACGAUACGGCCGUCCUAAAGUGUCGCGUCAAACACAAGGGCAACCGAACGGUCUCAUGGAUGCGCAAACGGGAUCUGCACAUUCUGACGUCCGGUACCCACACCUACACCGGAGAUCAACGGUUCUCGGUGCAUCAUCCGCCGGACUCGGACGACUGGGAUCUUAAGAUAUCGUACGCUCAGCCACGGGACAGCGGAAUCUACGAAUGUCAGGUCAACACCGAACCCAAGAUAAAUCUGGCUGUGUUCUUGCACGUGACAGCUGCUCGCGCCAUGAUCAUCGGCUCGCAGGAAGCUCACAUACGCAAGGGCAGCACCAUCUCGUUGUCCUGUGUGGUCAACUUUCACGCCCCGUCAAUCACCUGGUACCACGGCACAUCGAUCGUCAACUUUGACUCGGCACGCGGAGGCAUCAGUUUGGAAACGGAGAAAACCGACGCCGGCACCAGCAGUCGACUGCUGCUGACCAAGGCCACCGUUAGCGACUCGGGCAAUUACACGUGCAUCCCAGCGGGGGCCAUCCCGGCCAGCGUCCAGGUGUACGUGCUGAACGGUGAACAUCCCGCUGCGAUGCAAACAAGUGGCCAGAUGGCUCUGCGGUUGGGUUCCACCGGGCUGCAUCCGGCCGUGGUUGCCCUCGGUGGUGCAACGAUAGCUUUGCUCCUCACUUCGUGGAUGCUGGCAAUUUACGGACAAACUUUGACGACAACACCGGCCGGGAUGACGACGACGAGGACGCCGCCAACGACGGGACGCGAGCGGAUGAAGAUGAUGAUGAUGGUUAGUGAAAUGCACCUCACCGCCGCUAGUAGGUGAUCCCCUGUACAUAAUCAAAAGUGAUGCGUGAGAACAUCGUAGACAAUUGUAAAUUUUAAGAGAAAAUAAAUUAAUGUUUUAAAAAUUGGA